UCAGUGGGCGGGUCCUAACACCUGAUUGGUUCCUCCGCACUUCCGCUUGUGUGCGUGGUACCUGGAUCAAAGAAGCAUAGGAGCACUGCUUGAUAUCUCGGUGUAAACGUGCGUAAGGAACUCAACAACUCCGGUAAAUUCCUCUACCGUAAUUUCUACAUGCUGCGGGUCGACAGGUGCUACUCCUACAAACUCCACAAGGUCAAAAAUAUCCAACAACUCCCCGAAUAGGACGAGAAUAUCCGCCUGAGCCGCCAUUUUUUCUUAAGCGCAAUCAUUGGACGAGAUUCCUGUAAGCCCCGCCCACUGACUUUGAUGGCCGACUUUGACAGUUGGAGGCUACACGUACAGGAACCAGCGCAAGCUGACGGAGGACAUGGACUGGUCGUAUGACGGAACGUUGAACCAGGACAACUGGGCCAAGAAGUUUCCGUCAUGCAGCAGCGCCAAGCAGUCGCCCAUCAACGUGGAGGAGAACCUGGCCCAGGUCAAGCUGCAGUACCAGAAGCUGAGGCUGGAGGGCUGGGAGAACUUGACGGGGGAGCGGACCACCAUGAAGAAUGAUGGCAAGACCGUGGCAGUGCACUUGGACGGAGACUUCUACGUCAGCGGGGGGGGCCUCAGGUCAAAGUUCAAGGCGGGGCUCAUCACCUUCCACUGGGGGAGCUGUAACGCCUCCUCCGACGGCUCCGAGCACAGCUUGGAUGGCGUCAAGUACCCCCUGGAGAUGCAGGUGUACUGCUACGAGCCGCUCCGCUUCGAUUCCUUGGAGCAAAGCAUGAAGGCCGGAGGCCGAGUCACGGCCCUCGCCGUGCUCUUUGAGGUGACCUCGGAGGACAACGUCCACUUUGAAGCCAUCAUUGAGGCCAUCAAAAGAGUGAGCAGAUACGGUACGUCUCCUUCUCCUCUCCUCCCUUCUGUUCGCGCUUUCCUUUCAAAACUUGUUCUUUUAUCCUCAGAGGAUUUAGCCCGGGUGGCGCCCUUCGCGCCGCGAGGUCUGCUGCCCAACUCCACGGACAAGUAUUUCAUCUACAACGGCUCGCUGACCACGCCGCCUUGCAGCGAGACUGUGGAGUGGGUGGUCUUCAAGAACACCGUGGCCAUCUCCGCCGACCAGUUGGAGACGUUCUGCGAGGUGAUGACCAUGCAGCAGGCGGGCUACGCCAUGUUGAUGGACUACCUGCAGGACAACUACAGGGAGCAGCAGCCCGUCUUCCUGGGUCAAGUCUUCUCCUCCUACACCGGCACAGAGGAGGUCCACACGCCAGUGUGCAGCUCUGAGCCGGAGAACAUCCAGGCCAUGGUCUACAACCUCAGCAGUCUGCUGGUAACUUGGGAGCGCCCGCGGGCCGUGUAUGACGGCGCCAUCGACAAAUACUCGGUCAGCUACAAGAUGGCCGACGCGGAGGGUGACGCCCCCUCGGAGUACCUGACCGACGGAGACCAGGACGUGGGGGCGAUACUGGACGACGUAACCGCCAACUCCACCUACGCGGUCCAGGUGGUGGCGGUGUGCGCCAACGGCCUCCGCGGACGCGCCAGCGACGUCCUCACGGUCGCUAUGGCCGUCGACGACCCCGCAAAUAGUCUCCUCCCACCUUCAAAUGACUUUGAGGACGAGGACAUCUACCAACCGCACCUCUCCUGGGAUGACGCCGUAAAAACGGAAGACCCGCCGUGGAUUCCGACAAAGUCCCCAAGGACCUCCACAUCACCUCCCCUCCUCCAACCUGUCGCCAUAGCCACCACAUCAGGGUCUGUUGUUUCAGCCACAUCCCUUAGUUCUGGUCGAACCAAUGAACGCAGUACCUCCAUCGUGCCACCAGAGACCGCCAGAUCACCACACGUCCAAGGGUCCAAGGACUCCACCCCUUCUUUUGACAUCACAACCAAGCCGGCGCUCACUUCUGCCACUGUUUUGCACGCGAAGGCCAGCGACGCCCUUGGCGGCGUCAGUCCAAAGUCCCCUGAAAGCCGUAGCGUCAGUAUGACCACGAGCACAGUAACGACUUUAGGCGGUCAAGGUGCGCCCUUAAACGGCACUGUCUUUAACGUGAGCGGCACGGCAUCGUCCGUCCAUUUCGGGACAGAUGAAGGUCCGGCAACGCCCGAAAGGGACGAUUGGGCCACCGAGGCAAGCGGACUGGAAGACGUCCAGGGUGUCCAGAGAGCGCCGUCUUCCUCGUCAACCCCGGGUGUGUCUCGUACCACAUCCACAGAGACAUCCAUGCGACGGAACAGUGUUCUCUCGCAGACCGUGGCAACGCUCUCGAACGGACUGGAAGACGUCCAGGGGGUCCAGAGAGCGUCGUCUUCCUCGACAACCCCGGGUGUGUCUCGUACCACACCCACAGAGACAUCCAUGUGGCGGAAUGGUGUUCUCUCACAGACCGUGGCAACGCUCUCGAACGGACUGGAAGACGUCCAGGGGGUCCAGAGAGCGCCGUCUUCCUCGGCGACCCCGGGUGUGUCUCGUACCACACCCACAGAGACAUCCAUGUGGCGGAACGGUGUUCUCUCGCAGACCGUGGCAACGCUCUCGAACGGACUGGAAGACGUCCAGGGGGUCCAGAGAGCGCCGUCUUCCUCGGCGACCCCGGGUGUGCCUCGUACCACACCCACAAAGACUUCCAUGUGGCGGAACGGUGUUCUCUCGCAGACCGUGGCAACACUCUCGAACGGUGAGCCCCUCUCUGUUGGCCCCUCCUCCUUCCCGCUGUAUGGUGUCACGGAUCCUGGCCCUGCCCCCUCCGCCUGCCUGCAUGACCUUCCCCCUUCCUCCUCCUCGCUGUUUCCCGCCUCUGCCUCGGACCCCCAGCAUGCCGCUACCGCAUUGCUGCCUAGUAAUGACCCAGCUUCUGACCCCGCACCCUCGCUCCCUGUCCCUGCACCUUCUGACCCCUCCCUCUAUAGUGCCACCUUUGAUGAUUUGGUGUCUUUCUCUUCGGGCGAGCCGUCAGUGUUUAGCCACACUCCUCACGUCCAAAUGGCGCCGGAGCCUUCUUACGGGGUGGAGCUGUCAGAAUGGGGCGUGACCCUGUCCCUCAGCCCCACCCUGCACCCUUCGGUUCUUCUUGCUAGCGACCUCCCGCUUUCCGGCGCUACACCAGGUCUAAAGCAGUCAUUUUCUAACGAGGUGGAGCUGUUCAGGGACGCCACAGGAAGCUUGCUGGAGUCCUUUCUCCCUGAGGUCAGCGGUGACGGCUUGUCCUUGGCGAGUGACGUGGACACCUUGUGCGGCUGCUCGCUGGGACCGUCGGUGUCCUCGUCCUGGCCACACGCCACGCCUCACCUCAUCCUGCCAUCCUCUUACGCUAGCGUGGGCCCGCCCUCUGCCUCUGGUGUCGGUGGUGGCGACCUCGCGAGUUCCCUUUCUGCGCUGGGUUCUGCUGGUCACUCCUCAGAUCGUCCUCUGCUCACUUCUUCCUCGUCUUCGACGCCGCACUUCCACCUCCUGGACGCCAUUCACAGUGCCCCGCCUCUUUCUGUUGCAGCCACAACACCUGAGUCCUCGUUCUCACUGUCUGAUGAGACCUCCGUCCUCCCUUCCUCCCCCACAACCUCCGUCCCCGCAGUCGCCACCCCUGAAUGGACAGUGGACACCAGUAGCGGUGUCUCGGGUUCAGCGCUCUCCCCUGACCGGCAGGACGGCACGGAUCAGGACUGGGACAGGGUCCAGUUCUCGGCCUCGGGGGAGAGCACGCGUCCCCAUUCCACCGACGCCACUAACACCGCUUCCUCCACCGACGCAACUAACACCGCUCCUUCAUCCGGCAGCUCGCAAUCCGGACAGACCCCAGAGGAUCUGGAAGAUCGGUCCUCUGCGUUCUAUUUCGAUAGCGAGAGUGGCAGCGGCAACGCCACUGGAUCAGAGCGAGCAGGCCAGGUUGUGACGCCAAGUGUUCCCGCGCCGACCUCGACUGCGCCGCUGAUCUCGACUCCGCCGCCGACCUCGACUCCGCCACCGACCCCCACUUCGCCCUGGUCGCUGGGCGGAGACGAGGAGAGCGGCUCGGGUCAGGGCGAGAGUCUUUACGACAACGAGACCUCCUCGGACUUCACCAUCUCCGAGCGCACGGGACGCGAGUCGGAGAAAGAGGAGGAGCCAGUCGCAGACGUCAGCAACAGCAGCCACGAGUCUCGAGUGGCAUCCAUCAGGGAGGGCGAGAGGAAGGCCGCGGUUCCCCUGGCCGUCAUCUCCACCCUCACUGGCCUCGGCCUGAUGGUCCUCAUCGGCAUCCUGGUCUACUGGAGGGUGUGCUUCCAGACCGCUCACUUCUACGUGCAAGAAGGCUCCUCCCCCCGAGUCCUCGCCACACCUGCUUUGACGUCAGACGAAGGCGAGGCGCUUCCUGUCCAAGAUUUUGUCCGACGCGUCGCCGAUCUCCACCAAACACGCGGCUUUCCACGCAAGUUUGAACUACUGAAGGAGAGCUACGAGGAAGUGUGCGCGGCGAAGGCGGCCAUGACCUCUGACAUCUCCAACCAUCCCGACAACAAGACGAAGAAUCGUUACAGCAACAUCCUGGCCUACGACCACAGUCGAGUGCGAAUCUCAAGCAAGGACGGACGCAGCCGAGACUACAUCAACGCCAACUUUGUGGACGGCUUCAAGACCAGGCACUCGUACAUCGCAGCCCAGGGUCCACUCGAGUCCAGCACCGACGACUUCUGGCGGAUGAUUUGGGAACAGAACGUGGGCGUCAUCGUCAUGAUCACCAACCUGGUGGAGAAAGGCCGGAGGAAGUGCGACCAGUACUGGCCGGCGGACGUGCACGAGGACUACGGCGGGAUCCUGGUGACGCUCAAAAGCACCCGCCAGCUCGCCAACUACACCCGCCGCACCUUCGCCGUGGCCAACGCUCAAGUCAAAAAGGGUUCUCAGAAGGGGCGGGGCUCGGAGCGGACGGUCACGCAGUACCACUACACCCGCUGGCCUGACAUGGGUGUGGCCGAGCACGCGCUGCCGCUGCUGACCUUCGUGCGCAAGUCGUCCCGGGCCAGGACGGCCGACAUGGGCCCGCUGCUGGUGCACUGCAGCGCGGGUGUGGGCCGCACAGGCACGUACAUGGUGCUGGACAGCAUGCUGAAGCAGGUGCGGGACGAGGGCGCCGUCAAUGUGGACGGCUACCUGAAGCACAUCCGCACCCAGAGGAACUACCUGGUCCAGACCCAGGAGCAGUACGUUUUUAUCCACGACGCCCUGGUGGAGGCCAUCAACUGCGGGGAGUCGGAGGUGGCGGCGUCUCACCUGCACAGGUACGUGGACCAGCUUCUGACCCCGGGGCAGGACGGGAGGACGCCGCUGGACCGACAGCUGAAGCUGCUGAGUGGCGCCUACUCCAAGACCAGCAGCGACGACGAAGACGCACUCGCUCUUCAGGACCGCAACCGACACAAGAACAGAAGCGGCUCUCUGCUCCCGGUUGAGAGCUCCCGUGUGCGUCUGUCUACGUGCGCGGGCGACACGUCAGACUACAUCAACGCAUCCUACGUGACAGGGUACAAGCACAGCAAGGAGUUCAUCAUUACCCAAAAUCCUUUGCCACACACCCUCAAGGACUUCUGGAGGAUGAUUUGGGACCACAACACACAUGUCAUCGUGUCACUGCCGGGACCACAACCCACUGAGGAGGAGGCGGCGGCCAUCUUUGGUCCCGGCCAAGGACAGCGCGUGGCGUACGAGGCGUUCACUGUCUCCCACGUGUCGGAGAACCUGGUAUGCUUGUCCAACGAGGACCUGCUGCUGGUCCAGGACUUUGCGCUGCAGGCCACGCAGGACGACUACAUCCUGGAGGUGAGCGUCUACCGCGCCCCCUGCUGGCCACGCCCAGACAGUCCCAUCAGCAGCACCUGGGAGCUGCUGCACCUGCUCAAGGACACCAUCUGGGCCCAGGAAGUACCCACCGUGGUCCAGGACUGUGUGGGCGGAGUCACGGCAGGAACCUUCUGCGCUCUUUUGACCUUGAUGCGACAAGUGGACACUGAAGGUUCUGUGGACGUCUUCCAGGUGGCCAAGAUCACCAACCUAGCCAGACCCGGAACCUUCUCUGACCUCGAGCGCGUGCAGUUUGUCUACACGGCGCUGCUGAGCCUGCUGGGCACGCGGGAGGACGGCGCCGACGAGAAGGGCGUGGUCACGCUGGCGAGGAACGCGGCGGCCGAGAGCCUGGAGUCUCUGGUGUGAUCGUCACGGCAACAAGAACCAAUUUUUUUUUUUUUUAAAAGGACAGACUUUGCAAUGUUGGACUUUUUGGUCCUCAUGUGCCUUUUUUUUUUCCUUCUUUCUACUGAACUUACUAACACGUCUGCUAAGAACUUUUUAUUGGCAGCAACUUUAAUCUGUAAAUAAUCUCCUCUGGACCAAAUCUAUUUAUACUUUUAUUCUGACAUCUUUAUACUUCCUCUGUAGGCUUUUAUUCUGACAGCCAUUAAAGGACGUGUUGACAUAAUGUAGCUCUUCUGUCUUCCUGAGGGGGGGUCAUUCAGACAAAGAGAGUUAGUUGUAAUCCCUGCGGCGAGAUGCGAACUGCUAAUCCGCGCUAAGACUCGGCAAGAAAACAAAGUAGGUCAAGUGUCCAGACCAGGUCUUGAUCUUUCGCCUCAUUUGCAUGUUUGACUUCUCCUAACGAGCCUCCCAAUUAUCCCUUGCCUGCUGGCCUCGUUUGCAUGGCUGCCUCUCGCCAACGCCGCCGACCGCUUAACGCCCCGCUGGCGCGUCGUCUUGCAAAAGUGCUGACUCGGCACGUUUCAGCUUCCAAAUAUUAGAGACUGAAUAAAUGCAAGUCAGGAUUCCGUUGCAAAAGUGCUGACUCUGCAAGUUUCGUCUUCCAAAAAUGUAAAAUAAAAAAAAAAGUUUAAACAAAAAUGCAUUAUAAAAAUUACAAAUAAAUAAAAAAUUAUGAAAAUUACAAAAAAUUAAAUAAAAUUACAACAAAAUCUAAAUGCAUUCCGCUAUCCUAGCGUGUCGUUAUGCACUGUUGCAAAUGUGCUGACUCAUCA